CUCUUCAUAUAUUGCCUUCCAAGAAGAGAGCGGUAACGGGAAAGGCUGACUCAUCUUUUCUGCCUCCACCGGCGGUCAAACCAAAUCAUGGCAGGGAAGAGAGAAGAGGAGCAGGUGAAGCCGAUCAUGUUGCACUCGCCGUCCAUCGUCCCUGUCGGCGACGACGAGGAGGCCGCCUCCAGGUGGCGCUCGAUCCAGUACCUCCACAAGCGGCGGUGCGCCCUGUGCUGCUGCGGCUGCUGCGGCGCCACCGUCGUGAUCCUCGGCAUCACCAUCCUCAUCCUCUCCCUCACCGUGUUCAAGGUCAAGGAUCCCACUCUCACCAUGAACUCCCUCACCCUCGACACCUUCCGAGUCGGGCCGGGCACGCUCGACAACCUGGUGCUGUUCAACGCCACGCUCGUCGCCGACAUCUCGAUCAAGAACCCCAACGUGGCGUCCUUCCGGUUCGACAACAGCACCACGGACUUUUACUACGCGGGGGAGACGGUGGGAGUGGCGUACGCGCCCCAGGGGAAGGUGUCGGCCCACCGGACGGCGCGGAUGAACGUGACGGUGGACGUGCUCACCGACAGAGUGGUGAAGCAGAUGAACAUCACCACGGAGGCGUGGACCGCCGGCACCGAGCUGAACCUGACGAGCUUCACGGACAUCAAGGGGAGGGUGAACGUGCUGGGCGUGUACAAGCGCGACAUCGAAGUGAUGUUGAACUGCAGCAUGACCUUGGAGUUGUCGACGACGUUUCAUGGAUUCAAGAACACGGAUUGCUCCGCCAACGUCAGCUGAAGAUUAAUCGUUGCAUCUCUUGUCCAUGGAUUGGGUAGCGCUUAAUUGUUACUGGCAAUAAAUGUUCCAGCUGCGAAGCAAUGCAUGGUAGAUAAGAGUUAGAAUAUGGUGUGUGCAUCAUAUCAUGGAAGAGAUUAUUUGUUGUUUACGAAAGGCAAUCUGAAGAAUUAUGUCUGUCCGAAAGGAGAGCAGCUCAA